AUGGGAAAUUAAAUUAAUGUAAAGGCUAAGUUUGUCAAUUUAUUGAAAUAAGAGGAUGAAAAUAACUUAGCAGAGGAAUUGAAGUCCAUUUUGCUUCUUGACAUCUCUUAAGAAGAUUAUCUGAAUGCUUUUUAUCCUUCUGACAUUAGGGAUAUAUUGAAAUAAUCUCCUAAGAGGAUCUUGGGUAUAAUCCAAUAUUUACAUAAAUUUCUUUGCGACACAUAAUCUGAAUUGCAAUCUUAUAUUCAAUAUAGAUAAUGGAAGAACAGCUUGAGAAUAUUGACAUCAAUAUUUCCUGUGCUGUAUGAAGAAUAUUUUAAGGAGCAAAUGAAAGAGAUACUAUGGAAUACCAAAAUUGCUUAACCAAACAACGAAACAUAGGAACGAGACCCUCCUCUGAUUAUUUCACUAAUUACAAGACUAUUUUAGAUGUGCUUCCAUUUUGGGUUCACAAUAGAUUCUUUAGGAUAUGAUGAGUCAGUUGUUAAGAAUGAUACUCUAUUAUAAUAUUUUGCAUAAUAUUAUUACAACAUAUGGAACUCUUAUUAAUUUCAAUUUGGUCAUGUAUGGAAGGGUUUCAAUCCUCAAUGCAAGUAUCCAAAUGAUAUUGCAAAAUAUUUUGAAAAUCGAUAUCUCGUUUUAUCCUGCAUAUUUGCUAUAGUGAGUUCUUCCUUAUUUUCAUCAGAGUUUUUUUUCUAAAUAGAAAUUGAAGAAUUAAAUAAUGAAGACAAAUUUUAAAAGAAAGAAAACGUAAAAUCCAAUGAGUAGAAAUAAUCAGAUGAAUAAGAAAUAGAUGAAUAAUUUAAAGAGAAAAAUAAUUAAGAAUAAUAAUGUAGCAAAGAUUAAAGAUUAACUUAAAAGUUGCUAGUUUAAACUCCUAACGCAGCUUUGUUAAUAUUACAAAAAAUUCCAUUAUUUCCAGAAUUAUUAGUUUCACUGAUUGCAUUUUCAAUAUUCCCUACAGAGAGAAUUAAGUAAUUUCUCAGAGGCCUAGUCAAUAUAUCUAAUUAAAUAGAAGAUAAUCUUUAAAGUGUAUGCUUAAAGUUAGCAUCUCUUAUAAUAGGCGGAUAAGGAUUUGUUUACAAAGAUGUCUUGCAUUUAGGGAAAGAGUUUGAGGAGAUGAUCAAAACUAAAGAGUACUUUCGGCUAUUCAACCACCCAUUCCCUUAGUUUAUUGAUUUACCCUAAUAAAUAUAAGAAGGAAUAAUAGUAUAACUAUCACAGAAGUUUUACUCUUAUUACAAAUCCUAAUAGUAAUUUAUUAGAGGAUCCUUUGAAAAGUAAUUAUCCCAAUUUGAAAACUCUUUUAUUUUCUUAAGCUAUCUCACUUCCAAGACUGCUCAUAAUGUCCCAAAUCUAAUGAUUGUUUUUUUAUUGUCUUACUUUAAUCCAAAAAUAUAUAUCAAAAAAGCUUCAUUAAAGUUAAUCAAAUUAUUAAGUUCUUAACCUUAAUUGAAUAAGCAAUUAUGUGCAAAUCAAGAAUUUACUUUGACUUUUACAGAUGCUCCGAUUAUUGUUGGUAGUUGGGGUGAUUUAUUGGUGACAGCACUUUGUGAUACAGUUUUAAACGAAUUAUCAUCUAUUAAGGAAAGUAAACUAUUAGAAAUAUCCCAAAUAUUAUUCAACAUAUCCCCAGAGAUUGGAAAACUGAAUAGAGAAAGUUGUGAAAUAAUUUGUAAUCUCAUUAAAAAAUUGGCAAAUUAUGAUUUUAUAUUAAAAUCUCCUAAUGUCUUAAUAAGUUUAUUGAAUUUGAUAGGGGCAGUAUCUUAAAUAAUUUACUUCUUUCCAGAUGACAAUUUAGAUCUUAUUAGUAGUGUAAUCAAGAUUAAGGAUAGCAUCAAAUUUAUACAUGAAUUAUAAAUUACAUAAAAGAAACUGCAAGUUUGGUGGGGUAAGCAUGGUUCUCAAAAUCCAAUUGUUAAUUAAAGUUUCAUUAAAAGUCAGUAGUUUUAAAAUGAUGUUCAUGAUAUAAGAGAAUCAUAAGCCAGAUCAAUCACUCAAUAAUAACAAGUCAAUUAAAUAAAAUAAUAAAAAGAAUCUUAACAUGAUGAAAUAUCAAGCUUAAAACAGAUGGAGUAGAUUCAGUCUGAUAGGUAAGGUAAGACUAAUGUCGAAUUUGAGAAUUAUGUUGAGACUUGGAAAAAUUUCAAUUUGAAUACUCUAAAGAGCUUUGUUCCUUUGAUUAGUUUAGCUAAAUUGCUUGAAAAUUUGUUUAAAUUGACUGCGGAUCCAACAGAUGAAGUAGAAUUGAAAUCAGUAAUUUAAUCACAUAAUUUACGAUCUUUGAUGAUUAAACAACUCAGUUUUAAAAUUAUAGUUGAAAAAUACAAGAUAUUUAAGUACUUGACAAAAUAAAUUUGGUUGAAUUGCUUGAGAAAUACUGAUAAAUUUCCUUAUUUUGAAAAAUCUGAAUGCCCUUGCUUCUAACAAUCGUAUAUAAAGAAAUGA